AGUCCGUUUUUCGUUCCGUGACUAUGAAACCUACUAAAUUAAUUAUAUAAAAAAAGGUGACCGAUGCUCUCGGUUCGGGCAAAAGUCGUCGUCGUUUUCAGUUCGCUUUCGAUUCUUGACGCGCUUAUUUCUCGAUCAUGUAGUCCGAGCGAUAUGUUUCCGGGACACAGCAACUUCCGUUUCAUGGGUCAAUAAAUUAAACAAUGACCAGCAAUAACCCAGCGAAUCGUACAAAAACCGAUCAAAAUAAUCCCCUCUAACAUCCGACCUUUAAAAAAUAAACAAUAAAGAAUUCACAUUUCACUGAUAAUCAUAUUUGAGGUUGUGAGAUAUUGAUGCUGUGGAUCAAAAUUAAAUGUAACAUACUAAAAUUUAAGUGUAUUUAUAGAGUCUAAGCAAAGUGUGGCGGUAUGAUAAAUUUAUAUCGGGACAAUUUUUCUUUUCUUGAUUGUUGUUAGCUCAAUAAUUGAGGGCGUGUCUAAUAGACAAUGCAACGUUGACCCAUAUUUCUUUAUUGUUUAAGGAUGUCUUGCAUUGUUGUGCGGAUCGGGAACAUUACAAUGAGGAAGGAAAUAUCUACGUCGAGUGACGUCAUGACAUCAUGGCGCUGCUAAUGCGACGUCUCCUUGUAGACGCUCAGGCAAAGCUUCGCAGAAUGGUAGAAGAACAUUCAACCGACUUAACCUCUCGGAUAGAAUCCGAUUACCCCAACUCUAGUCCCGCCGCUGUCCCCAGCCCCGCUUGCAAUGCCCACGAAGUAAAAGUUACAGAAACCCUCCCAGUUACUACGGUGGGUCAAAUCGAUGUAACACCCCUCAAACCCACGCUGGGUGAUGGCAAAAUCAUCGAUUGUGAUGUAGAUAUUAAGAAUUCUGAUGAUAAUAAGAAAAACAAUAAGUCAAAUAGACCAAAAUGUAUUGAAAGUAAGAGAAGUAAGUCAUUGUCCGUAGAAAUAAAUGAAGAUGUUUGUAAGGAAGAUGUCAAAAAAACAAAAUCUCAUCCCAUAAAAACUGAAGAUUCAGCUGCUGAUAACGAGAAAUCCGUAGAAGAUAGUAAAGAAGUAGAGAUGACGGUUGAGGAGAGUAUAACGCCUGGUUUGAAAGGAAGUAGAUCGUCGCUGGAAACCAGGUCAGGUUCUCCAAAGCCUGGAUGUAGCAGUCAACCUGAUGUAGGAGAUUCGUCUUCGCCACGUUCACCGAGGAGCUCAGACGGUAAUCGCGAUGACCUUUCAGCAUUGCUACCUUCGCCGUCAAAUUACCCCAAAUCAUCGGCGACUAUUCGAAGACUCCGCCAGGAAAACGAGCGCCUUCAGGCGGAAGUGACGAGAUUGAAACGACUCGUUGUUUCUGGAGCCACUUCCGUUCUAGCAGAGAGAAAGAAUUUGACAGAAAAUGCCGAUCCUAAUUCAGCAACUCACGCUUUGGAAUUGGAACUACAAUUAGCCAGAGAAGCUUUAUCGACUCUAAAAGCAGAUAAACGGCGACUGAAAGCCGAAAAGUUCGAUUUAUUGAAUCAAAUGAAACAGUUGUACUUGACGCUGGAAGACAAAGAAAAGGAACUCCGAGAUUUUAUCAGAAGUUACGGCCAGCGGUCGAGAGAUAACGAAACUUCAAUGCAACAACUUUCGACCGAAAGGGAAGAAAGAGAAAGAGAAAGGUGGAGUCUGCUUCGACAUGCGAGAGAUGAAGCUGAAAGAAGUUUGUCAUUAGCGGCACAACUUAACGCUAAAGAAUUACAACUUCAACAAGCACAAGAGCAAUUACAAGAAGCACGUCGACAAUUAGCUUCGAGCGGUUGUUUAUCAGAUCAAGAAUCAUUAGCUUCUUUGCCGCGGCAUAAUAUAAAUGGAGGUGCUCUAACCCCAGGUUCUGGUGGCUUACUUUCGGGACAUCACGGCUUAGGUCAACUACCCGGUGAUCGAGGAAGCUGUAGUGCCGAUUCCGGCGUAAGAGUAAGCUCGGAUAGAGAGAGUGGAGCUACCUCUGUAGCUGGAAACUUAUCAGAUUCUACUACUGAUGGUACGCCGACAAUUACAGUAGGAGAAGGACUCAAGGAUAUGGAUUCGGUGUCACUCAUCUCUUCAGUACCUCCACCACAUAUGUACCAAUCUUCAACAAAAGACUGCAGUCCCACUUUAUCCCCUUUAAACGCAAAUAAUUUCUCUAGGUCUGUGGAACAAUUAAGUUCCCCGAUGGAACCAGAACCAAUUACUGUAGGUAGAAGAAAUAAACAAACCGUGAGGCCAUCUAGUGGUCGAGGUGGAACUUGGGGUAGCAUAUCUAGAGUAUUCGCUCGAUCAAGACAUAGAAACAAAUCAAAUUGUUUACAAGAAACAAGUGAAUCCUAUGAUCCGUAUCGUAGUUGGUCUCCAUUAACCGAGGAAGGUUAUGCAGAGAAAUUAAGACUGCUUAGGGAGGCGAAUAGUAUUCCGAUGGAAAGAUGGAGAGCAUCCACGGUAUUAGCAUGGUUGGAAAUUGCGUUGGGUAUGUCGCAAUAUGGUGCCAGAUGUGCCGAAAAUAUCAAAAGCGGAAAGAUUGGUCCUUUGCAUGGUCAGGUCCUCUUAGAGCUGAGUGAUUUGGAGUUGGAGUGCGGUUUGGGAAUCAACCACCCUAUGCACAGGAAGAAAGUCCGUUUAGCUAUCGAGGAACACAGAAAUCCUUCGAUCGUUAGAUAUCCUUCUAUCGCUCAACUUGGACACACUUGGGUAUGCAGCGAAUGGUUACCAGACUUAGGAUUAUCCCAGUAUUGCGAAAACUUCGCUGUGAACAUGGUAGAUGCAAGAAUGUUGGAACACUUGAGCAAAAAGGAAUUGGAAAAGUAUUUAGGAGUAACGAGGAAGUUUCACCAAGCGUCUAUUGUACACGGGAUCCAUUUACUCAGAAUAAUGAAAUACGAUCGGCAGGCAUUAGCAGUGAGGAGACACCAGUGUGAGUCCAUGGAUGCAGAUCCACUAGUUUGGACUAACCAAAGAUUCAUAAGAUGGGCUCGCAGCAUCGACUUAGCCGAAUAUGCUGAAAACUUGAAAGAUAGUGGCGUUCACGGUGGUUUGGUCGUACUGGAGCCGUCUUUCAACGGUGAUACGAUGGCGACAGCUCUGGGAAUCCCAGCGAGUAAGAAUAUAAUAAGACGUCAUUUGACAGCUGAAUUGGACGCACUCAUUUUGCCUGCCAGAUCAACAUUAGAGCACUAUGUACGAGUUAGGGCUAAAUCGAGAGUACUAGGAGGAUCGUUAGGGCGUACCUUUUCUCGAUCGUGUGGUGGAUUAGUUGGAACUUCUACCGCCAAUAGGGAUUCUUUAACUAUUAGAGAACAGCAAAAGCCCAACAGUAUUAGGGUAAGUAUUGUAAUUCAUCUAGGUUGUUGACGAUAGAUUAUAUCUUUAUAAAGAUAAAUGACGAAUUUUGAAAAAUGAAUUCUUCAUGUUUAUCCGUCUAUACUUCUAUAUCCAAUGAAUUGACAUUUACAUAGGAAGUAAAUAAUAAUAUUUGCUGUUUAUUCUUCACUUCACACAUUAUGUUAUUUAUACCUAGGCAUAUCCCUUUGGUCCACAACUAUCCGUUCAUAACUUAGAACAAUGAUUCAUCAUUACGUCAAAAUCUAAACUAUUAUAUACAGACCCACGCUAGAAACUGAUAAGUAUGAACCUAUUGAGGCCUACAAUACCAGCUCCGAUUCGAGAGUCAUUAUUAAAUUGGACUUCACUUUAAGGAAUUCGCAGUAUUAGAUGACAUAUUAAAAAUGUGGUGCCAAGUUUAAACGCGGUAGAUAGUUGUGUGCCGACGAACACAAAGGUGGAGCGUCCAAAUCGGCUACCAUAGACAAAAAUGUUGACAAUAAUUGAAGGUAGUGGUUGCUGAAGAAAUACAUAAUAAACAUACUGACGAACUGAUCAUUGGAAAUCUUUCUGGGUACUACGAUGGAUAUAACGAAUGUAAAUAUAAAUGCAUACAAGACACACUCGAAAAUAUAAUGCAAUUGUCGUUAAAAACAGUAGACAAGACGACAAAGAGAAUGUUAUUGCAAGAUAAGUCACAAUGGAUGAUUCUCUAUGAUGUAAAAACCAAAAUGCAAAGAAAGAAGUCAAACAUAGACAAAAAUAGAGGUCCUACAGCAAAUGGGUAAACAUAAAGAACUUCUCACGACAAUCAAGGAGAGAAAGUUACAGUAUCUAGGACAUAUUAUGAGAGGAGAGCAAUAUGAGAUUCUCCAUCGGCCGUAGACAAAAUUCAUGGCCUAAAGACUUGCGCAGACGUCUACAGAAAUUUUCAGAACUGCGGUUUCUCGUGCGACAAUAGCCAUUUGAAUCGCCAACCUUCGUAGAGAGAGAAGCAUUGGAAACAUCGAUGUUUUGUUUAAAUAUAGUAGAUUACCUGAAAUAGUGAACCACAGUUGUAGGUAUUAAUUAUGCCAAAUUGCAUCCGGAUAACGCACUCAGGCACAACUCCGUUGUUAACAGUCGCAGGCUUCGAAUCCGUUGAGCCUUCCCUUAUGCUUCAGAUUUGGUUCUAAGCUUUAACACUUACAUGGUUGGUGAGUUUCUUCGAAAAUGAAGUUGCACCUCUGAUUUUAAGUGGAUCAGGGACGCAGCAAGGAGUUCAGUACUCGUACAUUUAUAGAAACUACAGAUAAGGCUCGUAUAGGUGACAUUAGAUUAACUGAAUGCUGAAUUCCCAACUACUUUGGCAGCGAAAACAAUAUCAAGUUUUUGUCAUUUAUUGUGUACCUAGAUUAGUUUGAUUUGUGUUGUUAUUUAAAAGUUUUUUUAGGUUGCUUCACUCGUUUGGACUCAAUACCUGUGAUAUAUUAUGAGCUGAUUUUGAAUUAAACCUUUUAUACUUACAGAUUUACAAUGGACGUCGACCCGAUUUUUAGAUAGUUUGUACCUCAAAGAAACAAACACCAAAGUUUAGUAAGAAAUAUUCGUUUUUCUAGAAUAAGCCUCUAAUUUUUUUUUCAUGUUCUGUGAUAUUGUUUUUGUGACAUUUUUCUUGAUAUUGAUUGUUUUUGAUUAUUAUUCAUAUUAUUUUUUAUUCCAAAUAUUAUUCUAAUAUAUAUCUAGUAAUAAGUUUUUUGUUAGUUCAGUUUAUGUAAGUGGAAAUGCGCGACAAUUUUUUUAAUUCGGUGUAGAAAAUCGCGACAAAUCAUUAAUUAUAAUGUUGAUAUUGCUUUUUAAUUCCCAUACGUUUGUUAUCAACUAAGUUUCAGUUUAUAAUUAUUGUGCUGUAUUUGAUAAUAUUCAAUAAAUAUUGAUCAACCAGAA